AUGACACCUACCAGGAAUCUGCUGACGCGGGGUGUUCUGCCUAGUAUGCUCGUGCGAGGGGGCCGCACUGUGCGCAGAUGCGAAGGUAUAUUCCACCGCUCCAGGGGACUCCACAGUGGAAGCAGGAAUGUGAAGCGGGGCAUGUCAAAUGGUGGAGUCAACUCGAAUGGGGCGAUCAAAUCGAAUGGCCCAGUCAAAUCGAAUGGUGGAGUCAACUCGAAUGGCGCGGUGAAGUCAAUCAGUCCAACUAACCUGGAGGAUGUAAAAGUCUCCAAGGAAACGUCCAGCAACGCGCUAUUCGACGAAUGUUUGGAAGAAAUUUAUAGGAGGAAAAAACAGGUGGAUAAAGACAGCGUGGAGUAUGAUGUGUCUCCAGUGAUAGAAGAGCUAAGCAGAGAGGAAAUAAAAUUAACUAGAGACAUAUUUAACCGAAUUGACGAAAAAAAAAAAAACAUAUCCCAAUUGAAUUAUAAAGAUGUUUAUAUUGAUCCCUAUUGGAAUCCCUUCAAAGAAGUCACCGAUAUGAGGAGAGAAAUCGCUUUUGAAUUUAGUGAAUACGCCAAGGUUGCCACUCUGGUUGAGAUGAAAAAACAAAGGCGCGCUAUUAAGCGAUCGCUUAAGGAGCAAUACCGAUUGUAUAACCCCUACUCAGGAGAGUAUAAUGGCCACGUCGGAUUAGAUAGGGAGUCCACUGCUGCAGAUCCAAUCGUCUGUAAUGACAAGAGUGAAAGGUAUUGGAACCCUGGGGUUGACCGGAAAAAAUUACUUAAUUUGAAGUGCCCCUUUAUAUGGAGGCACACUCAUCUGUUGCAUCACUUCAUUGGAGAAAAUGGUCUCAUCUUGCCACGUAAAAUCAAUUUCACCACGAGGAAGCAACAGAUUCAGAUUUUUAAAGCCAUUUGUGUAGCACGUAGGAUGGCCCUUUACCCGUAUGAUAGGAAGCCUGAGAAGGACGAUCUCAUCCCCUUGAUGGAUCCCCUGCAGCUUCUUGCCGAUGAGUUGAUUCAUCGCUAUGUCGAAAGGAACGAUUUACGAGCUCAGGCCAUCCUCAAGGUCAUGAUCAAUAAGUACCCCUCAUUAAACUAUUACAAGUAUUUCUGCCACGAGUCGGGGGAGAAGCAGCGGGGGGGAACGCACUCGGCAGGGGCACCCCCAGGAGAAGGACACCCGGGAGAGGCACAACAUACGGGCGAGUCUCCGGGUGAUCACCACAUCGCGAAAAUGCUGCGCAGGUAUAAGGAGAACUACUAUGAGGGAGCAAUGCCUCAACAAGGGCACGCGAAACAGUGA